GCACAUAAACGACUGCUGUUCGGCUGAUAUCAGUUCCAAUCCAAAGAGUGAAAUUAAUUUAUUACUGCCCAAACCGCUACUGGACAAGAAUUCUUCAUUUCAUUUAAUAAAAACCAACCGAAAACAUAAUCGUUCGUAUACGUGUGCAUACCAUCCUCAUAGUGAAUUAGUUAACAUUUUAAAUUUUAUUCAAAGUGUAACGUUUUAGAAAGCAACAAAAGAAAAGAAAAACUUAAAAAUCAUGUCCGGCCUACCGCUGUUAACAACUGAACCCGCUUAUCAAAAAUUGCAACAAUACUACAAUGAGAAUGGCAGUAAAAUUAAUAUCAAUGAACUCUUUGCUAAAGAUGCUGGGCGAUUUGAUAAAUUCAGCUUACGUUUGAAAACACCCAACGAUGGUGAUAUUCUUUUGGAUUACUCGAAAAAUCGUGUCACCCCUGAAGUAUGGUCUAUGUUGUUGGAUUUGGCCAGAUCUCGUAAGCUUGAAGAAGCCCGGCAAGCUAUGUUCUCUGGUGUACAUAUAAACAUCACUGAAGAUCGGGCUGUCUUGCAUACAGCAUUACGUAAUCGGUCCAGCGAUGCCGUCCUGGUUGACGGUAAAGACGUUAUGCCAGAAGUACGUGCCGAAUUGCAACACAUGAAAGAGUUCACCAAUCAAGUGCUCUCGGGAGUUUGGCGCGGAUGCACUGGCAAACAAAUUGUCGAUGUGGUCAAUAUUGGUAUUGGUGGCUCAGACUUGGGUCCAUUGAUGGUUACCGAAGCUCUCAAGCCUUACUGCAAGGGAUUGAGAUCACAUUUUGUGUCAAAUAUUGAUGGUACUCACAUGGCAGAGGUUCUCAAGAAAGUUAGCUAUGAAACAACUUUGUUCAUUAUCGCCUCAAAGACUUUUACAACCCAAGAGACAAUCACUAAUGCUACAUCGGCAAAGACAUGGCUAUUGGAACAUGCGAAGGAUCCCUCUGCAGUAGCUAAACAUUUUGUUGCUCUCUCAACAAACAAAGAGAAAGUCACUGCUUUUGGAAUCGACAGCAAGAACAUGUUCGGCUUCUGGGAUUGGGUUGGAGGACGCUAUUCCCUAUGGUCAGCAAUUGGUCUAUCGAUUUGCCUAUCAAUUGGUUUUGAAAACUUUGAAAAUCUAUUAGAAGGAGCCUACUACAUGGAUUCACACUUUAAAACAGCACCAUUGGAAGCCAAUGCACCUGUUAUCCUAGCCCUUCUUGGAGUCUGGUACUCCAACUUUUAUAACGCAGAAACACACGCUCUGCUGCCCUAUGAUCAAUAUUUGCAUCGGUUUGCGGCUUAUUUCCAACAGGGUGAUAUGGAAAGUAAUGGCAAAUUCGUAACCAAGAGCUCAGAAGUUGUAAACUACAAUACCGGCCCAAUUGUGUGGGGUGAACCCGGCACCAAUGGCCAACACGCCUUCUAUCAAUUGAUUCACCAGGGUACUCGUCUCAUUCCUUGUGACUUUAUUGCGCCGGCAGUCACUCAAAAUCCAAUCGCUGGCGGUAUCCAUCAUAAAAUUCUACUCGCCAAUUUCUUGGCUCAGACUGAGGCAUUGAUGACAGGCAAGUCCGAAGCACAGGCCAAAGCCGAACUCGAAAAGGCCGGUAUGUCUGGUGAGAAACUCGAGAAACUACUGCCACAUAAAACAUUCAAAGGCAAUCGUCCAACUAAUUCAAUUGUUGUAAAGAAAGUCACACCCUUCACCCUUGGUGCAAUUAUUGCAAUGUACGAACAUAAAAUCUUCACACAGGGUGUUAUUUGGGACAUCAACUCCUUCGAUCAAUGGGGCGUUGAAUUGGGCAAGCAAUUGGCUAAGGCAAUUGAACCCGAAUUAGCUGAUGGCAGUCCAGUAUCAUCUCAUGAUGGCUCAACCAAUGGCCUCAUUAACUUCAUUAAAUCCAAUUGGUAAACUAAAUUGAUUCCUCAAAAUAUCAACAACAACAAAAACAAAAUACUUUCGACAAAACAGGAAAAAAUUAAUAAGAUAAAUCUCAAAUUAUUGUUUUGAUUAUGUGUUUAAGUGAAAAGAUAAAGAUAAAGUAAACUAGUAACUAGCAACAAUGGCCAUGUACACGCAGAGAUUUAAAGAAAAUGGAAAAAAAAAGAAAAGAGAAAAGAAAAUUAUUUAAUUGUUGUCCUAUGUUUUAGAAAUUAAAAGAAAAUUGUUUUUUAAAUGUAAGUAGAAAUUCACUUGUGCGGUAAUGGAAUAGAAGUGCUAUUACAAACAAAAAAUGUUAAAUUGCAGAGACAAAACACUAAUGUCCGAAUAAUUAUACCACUUUUAUACAAACAUAUAUUGUAUUGUUAUCAUAUUAAUUUAUCCGUUAUUCAUCAAAUUGUUUUUGUUCACUUUAUGUGAAGGGAAUCCCAGUAAAUCCGGCAAUGUUUGAAUGCAUUUGAUAAAUAACGAAAGUUUUAAUGUGUAUCAAUACGUAUUUUGUGUGUAAAUGGGGUAAAUAAAUAGGCAUAUAUGUAUACAAAUAAUAUAUUGUACAAAAAAAAAUAAGAUGAAAACUAUUCUGUAUGUGAACAAGAAAAUAAAAAAAUAUACAUCACACUAUAAGCUUAAUUGGAUGUUAGAUAUAAAAUCAAUGUAA